ACAUCAACAGCCGCCAUGUUUGUUGGUUGUGAAGAAAUGAAUUUGCUGAAAUUUUAUGUUUUAUUUCACUUCUAAAACGACUAUUUGAUUCGGGAUAUCGGUAAGGUUGUACCUCUAAGGUUCGUUUUUGGUUUCAGAGGUUCAUAUGGUGACUUCAUGCCUGAUUUGAAGGAGGAAUUUUGUUAAACAAAAAUCCUCUCUGCCGCGGUGCUUUGUGGCAGCGGCUGGCGAUUGGAUCGCUAGGUCGACGUGAAGUCGGCGAUGUCCGUCAUCAUGGUGCAAAAGUGAAAUCGUGCAAAGACACCGAUCCGGACGCGUGGACGAAAGUUGAAAUUUUCUGUGACAUUGUUUUUCCUCACGUGUUUUACAAGUGUUCUCCUCAACGAUGCAUGGGAUGAAAAUAGUCCUGCAAUUCCUGAAAUUAGUAAAAUCUUAGUGCUGAGUUGAUUGUAAACAUGGCCGACCAUCAACUCGGGCCUCCGGCCAACAAGAAACCAAGAAUCGGAUCGCCAUCGUUGAACACUCCAAGCGAUAAUAAUGAGUUCAACUUUGGAAACCUCAAUUUUGACGGGAUUGUGAAUGAAUUACCAGAUGAUUUGGAUGGGCUGCAGGGCACUUCCGGUGAUGGCCAGACACCUCAGGGCAGUCAGGACACGAGCAUGGGGGGCUCGUUGUCCCAGUUGCUGUCGAGGUCAACCCCAAAUUCACAGACUUCUCUGCCGUUACCAGUCAAUAGUGCUGGUGGUAUCCAGACAAGUAGAAGCCCUGGCAUGGGUGCAAUGAUGAAUAUGGGAAUGGGCAAGAACCCAAUGUCGAACAACCUGGCAGCAACACUGGCGAACAAAGCAGCCACAUCCUCACAUAUGAACAUGAACGAUGCGCUUGUCAGUAGCGCCUCAUUCACCAUAUCAGGAACUAAUGCUGGUCCAAUGGGUGGAGUUACUAACACCAUGGGGAUGAAUCCCACUAUGGGUAAUCCGCAAAUGAUUGGGAGUGUGGGAAGUCUGAAUAUGAAUCAGCAGAUGCCAAAUCAAAUGAUGAAUGGUCCUACCAGUUUCCCUGGUAACAUGGGUCAAAUGAGAGCCAUGCAGGGGAACAAUGUGAAUCCUUCCACAUCCAUGCAAGUGCCACAGACUGGUAUGAUGCAAAGUCCUGGGAUGCCUCAGAUGCAAGGUCAUCAAGGAAUGCCUGGACACCCAAAUAUGAACAUGCCACAGAACCCACCUCAAAAUAUUCGGCCUGGACAACCCACUGGAAGUGGUACUUCCGGUCCACGUCAAGCAGCUGGAGAGCCAGAUAAAAGCAAACUCAUCCAGCAGCAGUUGGUCCUGCUUCUGCAUGCUCACAAGUGUCAGAGGAGAGAGCAGAACAACAUUGAGCAAGAGUGCAAGCUGCCAUACUGUCGGACCAUGAAAAAUGUUCUGAACCACAUGACGACCUGCAACAAGGGAAAGUCUUGUGAAGUUGCCCAUUGUGCUUCAUCUCGUCAAAUAAUCACUCACUGGAAAAACUGCCUACGUCAAGAUUGCCCUGUUUGUUUUGCUCUGAAGAUUGCAGACAAACGAAAUACCCAAGGCCAGAGUGUCAAUCAAACGUCUACUAUGACUGCACCAAACGCUGCUGACCCUGCAACGAUGAAGAGAGCAUUUGAGUCUCUAGGUCUCCAGUACAACCAGAAUACCCCAGCUCACAAUGCUGCUCAGCAUGGUCAUCCCCAGAUGAAUGCUAUGCAGAACGAUGCUGGUCAAAUCAACAAAACGAACAUGCCGAAUCAGCAAGGUCCAAAGGUUGUCCCAGAUCAAUCAAGUAGUCCAAUGAGCAUGUUGCCUGUGCCACCCACGGGACAACUGCCUCAGACGAUUCAACCACAGAGUGGCACCCAGCUGGCAUCUGCAACAGCUCAAGCAGCUGCCAUGGGGAAUGCCCCUGAUAUUGUCAAAUCCAUCCCCGUGUCCAGCAGAAAAGACUGGCAUGCCCAAGUGACCCAGGAUCUUCGCAAUCACUUGGUUCACAAGCUGGUGCAAGCUAUUUUCCCAACUCCUGAUCAAGCUACCCUCCGUGACAGUAGGAUGAAAAAUUUGGUUGCAUAUGCUAGGAAAGUAGAAGGAGACAUGUAUGAAUCUGCGAACAAUAGGGGUCAGUACUACCAUUUGCUCGCUGAGAAGAUCUACAAAAUACAGAAAGAGCUGGAGGAGAAGAGAAUUCAGAGGAUGAAAGUGCAAAAUGCUCCGAAUGCACAGGUUCCUGGAAUGCAAGGCCAGAUUCAUCCAAAUGCUCAAAAUGGUCCAAACAAUGUACAAGGUAAUGCAUUCUUCAAUGAGAUGAAUAAUCUUCCGAUGCCCAAUCAGCAGCAGAUCCAGCCACCUCAAGGACAGCUCAAGAUGAAGUGGUCAAACAUGCGUGCGACACCGCCACCAGUACAGAUGCCUGGCGUGGCCACUUCAAGCACUAUGACUAUGAAUGCUGCCCUGGCAGACUCCCAACAGCAAUUUGACGCCAUCAAGCGUUCCAUGCCCCAGCAGCCAGGCGGGAUGAACCGCCUCAUGAUGCCCAGUGCUACAGCAACGUCCACCCACCAGUCCCCACAGCAGCCACUUUUGCACCAGCAACUCAACUCACAAGCACAAGUAGUUCAGUCUCAGGCUUCCAACCAGUCUGCCAUGUCCACACCCCAACAGUCCAACCUUCAGAAUCACAUGAACUCAACACUGCCCGAUGUAUUGGGUGGUGUCAACAAUCAACGAAUGACAGGAACGCCAACCGUCGGUGGCUCAUUAGACAGUGUGGUGGCUACAAGUGGUGUCCAUGUUGCGACCUCCCAACAGUCUCUCAUUCAGUUGGCGGGCCCAGCUGCUGCUACUCCAGUUAGUCAACCUCAUUUACCGAUAUCCAGAGCAUCUCAACUGAAUGGACAGACCCCAACCCAAGAUCUUAGUAAUGAACUAUCUCAAGUGACUGAUGACCUUAUGAAAUCAGAGUCAAAUAACAAGGACACUGCAUUAUCAGAGAGCAGUCAGAAUCUGUCUAGUCUGUUGUCUGCUGCUUCACCAUCAACGUUAUCACUCACGACUAUGACACCAUCAGUUGUCACAUCAUCUACCACCGUGUCUUCCAUGCUCAACCUGCCACAAAAAGGUGAUGUUAAGACCGAGUCGUCAACUGAUGUGAAAGUCAAACAAGAAGUAGAAGUGAAGGAAGAGAAGAUGGACACAGGUAAAUCCGAGUCGGAAGUGAAACCUGAGCCUGACUCCAUAAAAGCUGAGAAUGAAACUUCUAGUCCGAAGUUGGAUAACCUUGACGAGAGCUCUCAGGCGAGCAUUGAGGAGAAACCAGCUUCUGUUGGAGAUGCAUCAAAUAACUCUGCAGCUUCCACACCAAAACCAAGGUGCAAGAAAGUUUUUGAUAAAGAUGAGCUUCGCCAAGCAUUGAUGCCUACCCUUGAGAAACUCUUCAAGCAAGACCCAGAAUCUCUUCCUUUCAGACAACCAGUCGACCCUGUUGUCCUCCAUAUACCAGAUUACUUUGAUAUUGUGAAAAAACCCAUGGAUCUCUCAACAAUAAGACGGAAGUUGGAUUCGGGACUGUACUCAGAUCCAUGGGAAUAUGUUGAUGAUGUGUGCUUGAUGUUUGACAACGCUUGGCUUUACAACAGGAAGACAUCAAGAGUGUACAAGUAUGCCUCCAAGCUUUCUGAGGUGUUCGAGAGUGAGAUUGACAGUGUCAUGCAGUCAUUGGGCUAUUGCUGUGGGCACAAGUACGUCUUCUGCCCUCAAGUUCUCUGUUGUUACGGCAAACAGCUGUGUACAAUCCCAAGAGAUUCUAUGUACUACAGCUACCAAAACAGAUAUGUUUAUUGUGAAAAGUGCUUCAACGAAAUCCAAACAGAUGAAGUUGAGUUAUCUGAGGAUCCAACACAGCCAAUGACGAAAAUCAGAAAGGAUCAGUUCGACAGAGUAAAGAAUGAUCAGUUGGAUUAUGAACCGUUUAUUGACUGCCAAGAAUGUGGUCGCAGAUGGCAUCAGAUAUGUGCUUUGUGGUUUGAGUCUAUCUGGCGUGAAGGUUGGUCAUGUGAUUCUUGUCUCAAAGCAAAGGGGGUGAAGAGGAAGGAGAACAAGUUCACAUCAAAAAAGCUUCCCACCACAAAGCUGGGAACAUAUCUGGAAAACAGAGUGAACAACUUCCUUCGCAAAAAAGACAGCGGUGCUGGUGAAGUGACCAUUCGGGUGCUUUCCAGUUACGACAAAAUGACAGAAGUAAAACCACUCAUGAAGAAAAGAUUCGGAAAUGAUAUGGAGGAUUCAUAUCCAUACAGAGCAAAAGCUAUGUUUGCUUUUGAAGAAAUAGAUGGAGUGGAUGUUUGUUUCUUUGGCAUGCACGUGCAAGAAUAUGGGUCCUCUUGUCCUGGACCAAACACAAGGAGAGUGUAUAUUUCAUAUUUGGACAGUGUUCACUUUUUCAAACCAAGGCACCUGCGUACAGCUGUGUACCAUGAGAUCCUUAUUGGCUAUUUGGAGUACGCCAAGACUCUGGGAUACACCACGGCUCACAUUUGGGCCUGUCCACCCAGUGAAGGUGAUGAUUACAUCUUCCAUUGCCAUCCUCCAGAGCAGAAAAUACCCAAGCCAAAGAGACUGCAAGAGUGGUACAAGAAAAUGCUAGACAAAGCCAUAAUUGAUCGAGUGGUUGUGGACUACAAGGACAUAUUCAAAGAUGCCAUAGACAGUGGUAUUAGCUCUGCUAAGGACCUUGCUUACUUUGAAGGUGACUUUUGGCCAAAUGUGAUUGAGGAGAGCAUCAAGGAGCUUGACCAAGAGGAAGAGGAGAAAAGGAGAAGGGAAGAAGCAGAGGCAGCAGCUGCUGAGGCCGAGGCUCAGGACACUGUGGAAGAGACGACAGAUGCGGUAUGUUCUGAUGUUGCGGGGACGAAGAAGGGUGAAAAGAAAGGCCAACGAAACAAGAAAGCCAACAAAAGCAAAGGCAGCGCAAGGAAAAACAACAGAAAGACCAAUCUGCCUCAGGGAACCAAUGAUCUCACCGCCAAGUUGUAUAAUCACAUGGAAAAGCAUAAAGAAGUUUUCUUUGUGAUCAGACUGCACAACCAGCAGAUUGCUGCCUCGUUGCCUCCCAUCACUGAACCUGACCCUGCCAUGAGCUGUGAGCUGAUGGAUGGGCGUGAUGCAUUCCUUACCACUGCCAGAGAGAAGCACUACGAGUUCUCGUCUUUGCGAAGGGCAAAGCUGUCCUCCAUGGCCCUCUUGUAUGAACUGCAUAAUCAAGGCAAAGAUGCGUUUGUGUACACAUGCAACAGUUGCAAAGCAGCUGUGGAGACGCGCUACCAUUGCUCCACAUGCGAUGAUUUUGACCUGUGCGUCCCAUGCUACAACAAGGAGGGCCAUCACCACAAGAUGACCAAGCUUGGCCUCGGUCUGGAUGACAUUGCCAGCUCUGACAAAGAGGAAAAUCCACAAGAAUCUCGCCGCAAAUCCAUUCAGCGCUGUAUCUCGUCUCUGGUUCAUGCCUGCCAGUGCCGGAACGCCAACUGCCGCAUGAACGCCUGCCAUAAGAUGAAGCGUGUUGUGGGUCACACCAUGAGCUGUAGGCGGAAGACCAACAAUGGUUGUCCGAUCUGCAAGCAGUUGAUUGCGCUGUGCUGCUACCACGCCAAGCACUGUGUGGAGAACAAGUGCCAGGUCCCAUUCUGUGCUCAGCUCAAACAGAAGCUGAAGCAGAAACAGCUGCUGACCACCCUUCAUCAAGCUCAAAUGCUCAGGCGUCGUGUUGCCAUCAUGACGGGAACUACAAACACAAGUACCAACAAUGGGCCUUCCAGUGCCACUCCGUCGUCGCAGGAUUCUCCCCCUCAGUCAACGGCGUCGCAGCCCUCCUUCACAAGUGGCAGCGUGGGCAAAGCCCCUGGUGCCCCGCCUCCACGCGGGGCCCUCAUCGCAGCCCAGGAAGCCCAAGUGCAGGCUGAGGCACAGAGACAAGGGGCUGGGGUGCCAGCCAUCAACUCCAUAGGAAAAGGUGCUAUGCAGCCUCCUAUCCGACCUGCGGCCCCAGCAAUUGUGCCUUCAACAGGGAAGCCAAUGAGGCCCCAGCAGGCGUGGCCACCUUCGUACCCGCAGGCACCUUCCCAGCAGCCUCGGCCAAACAUGGCGCGGGAUGUUCGUAUGCAAGGAAUGCAGCCCCACCCGCAGCAACAACCGCAGCAGCAGCAGCCGGUCCCCACCAUGGGGCCCAGCACGGGGAACGCUACUGCUGGACCUGCUGCGGCUGGGGGUGCCGGGGCCACCCCAAUUGGACCCGCUGUGCACACCAUGUUGCGAGCAUUUAAAAAUCAACACCUCUCGCAGAGUGAGUGGCUGGACUUGUUGAGGAAAAACCCCCAACUCAUGGCUCAGGUGCUCAAACUGAAGAACGAGAAAGCGAGAAUGCAGCAGGCGCAGCAGCAGCAACAGCAACAACAACAACAACAGCACCCGCAGGCACAGCAGCAGCAGAUGCACGGCAUGCCCAACAUGGGGCAGCCGAUGCCUCAGCAGGCCGGUGGUCAGAUGCAGCAUCAGCAGCAGAUGAGAAACCAAAUGAACCAAAUGAUGCAGCACCAGUACAGACAGCAGCACAUUCAACAGCAACCACAACAACAAACUUCACAGCUUAACCAGUUUGCUCAGCCCCAGCAGCCAUUUGUUCAGCGACCGCGCAUGAACUUCCCCCAACAGACAUUUCAGAACGACACUGGACAUAACAUGCAUCAGUUUCCGCAGCAGCACAUGAUGCAGCAUAGACAGCCCAUGAGCCCUCAGUUUAUGUUAGCACAGCAAGCCAAUCCCUCGAGCCAGCAAAUGCUGAAUCAAGUUCGUUCUCCCCCUGCAUCUGCCGCAGGACUGCCCCAGACAGUUCGUUCUCCGCAGCCAACGCCAUCACCUCGCCAGCAACCCAUUCCAUCCCCCCGACAGCUUCAACAGUCCCCACACCACAAUAUAGUCAACAACCAGUCCCCCCUUCAUGGCAUGGGAGUUGGUCAGGACACAUCACAGUUGAGCAAUGACCACGUCAUGUUGUCCUCGUUUCAAACUCACACCACCAUGACCCAACUGCAGAACUCGGAUGUAAGCAUGGGUCAGCAGGACAAUGAGGUGGCCCCCUUGACACCUCAGGACAAGCUGGCUAACUUUGUCAACCAAAUUUAAAAACUGUUAAUUCCCCCACCCAACCCACCCGCCACCCAGGUUCGUGUGAAUAGUCAUCCUAUUUAUCUCUUUGAAAUUUUUUCUAAUGUGUAUAAAAGUUCUUCUUUAUGUAUGAGAAUGCUCGGUUUACUGAACAAAUUGUGAUCAAUGAUUCUCCCCCCCUCCCCU